AUGCCACCUCCACCUCCGCCACCAAAUAAGAAUAACGAUUUAAGACUCGAGUUUCUUAGAACAAUUGCUGAAAAAAAUGUUCUUUCAAAACCUCUAAGAAAAGCACAAAUUGAACAAGCACAACUAGGUCAAACUCAAAAGGGGCCAAAAAAAUCAUAUAGAAGACAUAAAGGGGCUAGACAAUUAAUAUCUGAAGAAACUAAAAGAAUUAAUGCUAUUCUUGAACAAGAACAACAAUUAUAUGACGAGGAUAAUUCAUAUGUUAGAAAGACUCCCAAAGUUACAUUCUUCAAUAUAUCCGCACCACCUUCAAUGAAACCUACAAAAAAUUACUGUGAUAUCACAGGUCUUAAAGGACCCUACAAAUCGCCUACAAAUAAUGUCAGAUAUCAUAAUUCUGAAAUAUAUCAAUUCGUCGUAAAACCAAUGGCACCCGGCGUAGAUCAAGAGUAUUUAAAAUUGAGAGGUGCAAACUUCAUAUUGAAGUAA